GUGUGUACUGUGUCACUUUUGCUUGAUAGUCUGUCUUCUACAAAUAAGCAAUAUUUCUCAUCCACCCUUUUUUUCCAAUUAUUAGCCGCUUAAUCACAGAAAUGACUUCUAAAAGUGAAAAGGAUCGGGCUAAACAGAUUCAGGAUCGAUGUCAGAACAUUUUGAUACAAUUGCUCAAAGAUGAAGACAACAAAUAUUGUGUUGACUGUGACGCCAAAGGACCUCGCUGGGCAUCAUGGAACCUGGGUAUAUUCUUGUGCAUACGCUGCGCGGGUAUCCAUCGGAACCUCGGCGUGCACAUCUCGAAGGUCAAGAGCGUCAAUUUAGACUCAUGGACUGCGGAACAAGUAGUUUAUCUCCAACAAAUGGGCAAUUCUCGCGCGCGGGCAGUCUACGAAGCGAACCUACCCGAUUCCUUCAGAAGACCUCAGAAUGACUCGUCUUUGGAGGCUUUCAUCCGCGCCAAGUACGAGCAGAAGAAGUACAUCGCGAAAGAAUGGGUGCCCCCUGUCAUGCCUAAAGUUAACUGGGAUAAAGAGAUAGAUGAAGAAUUAGAAAAACAAAAACGUAAAAAGAGAGCUACAACUUCUGGCUUGGGACCACUACCUGCGCCUUCGACUGAUAAAAAAUAUAAUAAAUCCGAUGUAAUACCGAGCAUACCUAAACCAAAAUCAUCAGUAAGUCCCAAACUAGGCAGAAAUACACCAACAAACCAAGCUGAUACCAGCAAAACCUCCAAUGGAGCGGCCGACUUGCUUGGACUAGACACAUCUCCAAAACCAGAAGUAAAACAAUCAAACAAUGAUGACAUAUUCUCGAGUUUCUUCUCAGCACCUGCGGAGAAACCAGAACUGAAACCGGAAGAAACUAAACCUGAUCUCAAAACCGAGGAAGAAAACUUCUUCAAACAACCAGCUCCAACAGAGAAAGAAAAGUCGAAAUUAACUAAAGAUAGCAUACUAGCGUUGUACAGUCAGAAACCUACUAACACUUUAGGGAAUCAAUUUAACCCUGUACAGUCUCAAUCUGGUCAAUUUAAUCAAGUUCAGUCUCAACCUGGUCAAUUUAAUCAAGUUCAGUCUCAACCUGGGCAAUUUAAUCAAGUUCAGUCUCAACCUGGGCAAUUUAAUCAAGUUCAGUCACAACCUGGGCAAUUUAAUCAAGUUCAGCCUCAACCUGGGCAAUUUAACCCUGUUCAGUCCCAACCUGGUCAAUUUAACCCUGUCCAACCUCAAAAUCAGUUUGCGUUUGGUUCAGUAUACCAAUCACCGGCAUACAAUAGUAUGGGCAUGCAAAACGGUAUGCAAACUUUUAACCAGUUUCAACCUAUGUCAAAUCAGUUCCAACAGGCAUUCCCAAAUCAAAUGCCCCAGCAGAUGCAAAAUGUUCAGUCGUUACAAAAUGUUCAUCAGCCAUUACAAAAUGUUCAACCUUCGCAAAAUGCUCAGCCAUUACAAAACGUUCAGCCAUUUCAAAAUCAACAAUUUUUUCCUCAACAAAAUCAAUUAUCUCAACAAUUUGGAGGUCUCAAUUUAGGGCAGAGUUUUGCUAGCGCUUUCCCGCCUAAUCCUAAUGUAGCAAGCAAUAUAUGGCAAUAGGUUACAAGUUUGCAAGUUAUUCAAACCCUUAUGUUUAAGGCGUUAGAGUUCAUAAUCGUACCUCGCACUUUUGAAGUGUGUAAAAACGAGCUUAAACUCUUGAGCCUCGAUUGUUUGUGAAAGCAAGUAUUCGUUAACCUGUCAAUUUUAUGGUGAAAGAGAGCUUUCAAAGUGGUCCGCUAGAGGCACUGCUCAUUUUCCCAUGCAAAACUUUGACAUUUAAGGUGGAAGCGACGGGUUUGUCCGCGAAAUUCAAAUUUAAUUUGGGUUUUCGCAAUUUGUAAACUAAUACGACAACGUAGGCUUAUGGCAUUUUGAUUCCGACAAUGGCAAUUUCAUUCUUACAGGUUAAUAUAAAAAUCUUUACUUGAAACUGUCCAGUUUAACAAAUUAGUUCUAGUAUCGACUAAUUCUCACAAAUUACGUUGUCGUAUUAGUUUACAAAUUGUGAAAAACCAAAUUAAAUUUGAAUUUCGCGGGCAGACCCGUCUUAUGCCCCUUAACGCGAACUCUAGUGAGCGCGUAAGAGAGUACAUUCGAGGCCAUAAUAAUGUCUUAAUAUGAGCCUUAGAUUUUGUUAACACGCAUUGUAGAUAACGCAAUAUAUUUAACUCUCCCUGGCUAUAUGAUUGCAUUUAGAACUGAAAUACCAAUACAAUGGUGCUAAUUCGGUAAAUCUCUAAAUUAAAUUGGCAGGUCCAUCUUGUUUCAUCAUCUUUUUCACAAUGUUCCUUGUGAAUAAGAAUAGCGUCUAAAAACUUAUUAAUUUUGUUUAGUAUAAAGAACCGAAUUAGCACCGUAGAUACAGCCAAUCGUUACACAAAAAUGAACUCAUAAAAAAAAUAACUUGAAAGAAAUCAAGCGAAUGUCGACAGUUAAAUUCUUGUCGUGUCCUAUAGAAUGUAAAAUCUUCUCUAAGAAUUUUUCGUAAUUAAUUUAUCAAUUGUACUUAUGUAAUAAUAUUUCUCUAUAUACAUAUCUCAAUAAAAUAA